UGACAGCUGCAUCCUCUGAGCAAAGUACUCAGGCUAACUUUAGUAUCUCGUAUGAUAGACCUCAGGUUUUCAUAGAAAUUCUUCAGAAUGGCAUUUCAGUGUCAACGGGACUGCUAUAUGAAAGAGUUUGUCACAUCUGUAGUAUCCUGCUGCCCCGCCGAGCUGAAACAAGAAAUCAACGGGAAGAAAGAAACUGUCAAGGGUUUCAAUGUGAAGCUCCAGGACACGAUCCUGUUCCCAGAGGGUGGGGGUCAACCGGAUGAUCACGGACUGAUCGGAGACAUCCCAGUUUUGAGGGUGACUAGACUUGGUCCUGAAGCUGUACACUUUGUCUGCUCAUCACUGCAGGAGGGUCAGCAGGUGCAUGUGAAGGUGGACUGGGAGAGGAGGUUUGAUCAUAUGCAGCAGCACUCCGGUCAACAUUUGAUCACAGCUUUGGCAGAUACAAUGUUUGGAUACAAGACCACAUCCUGGGAACUGGGACGUCAGAGAAGCACCAUUGAAUUGGACACUCCAUGUGUGAAACCUAAUCAGCUCCAAGCUCUGGAGGAAGCUGUAAAUGAGAAGAUUAGAAGCCAGACCCCUGUCACUGUUCAGCUGCUUUCUAUAGAUGACCCAGCUGUGGAAAAGGUGAGGAGUCGGGGGCUGCCAGAGGACCAUGCAGGGCCCAUUCGGAUCAUUGACAUCGAGGGAGUCGAUGCCAAUAUGUGUUGCGGAACUCAUGUGUCUAACCUGAGUCAUUUACAGGUAAUAAAACUACUGGGGACUGAGAAAGGAAAGAAAAACAAAACCAACCUGCUGUUCCUGGCAGGAAACCGGGUACUGAAGUACACAGAGAAAAGCUUCAACACAGAGCGUUCACUGGUGUCUCUGUUGAAAACUGGACCUGAUGAUCACGUUGAGGCAGUGGACAAAUUACAGAAGUCUGUAAAGCUGCUCCAGAAAACUAACCUGAACAUACUACGAGACAUGGCUGUGCUAAUUGCUCAGAACUUUAAGAACAAUCCACAGAGAGGAAACUUUUUCAGCUUCCACAAAAAAGAGGGUGACAAUGAGUUCAUGAAUAUCAUUGCCAAUGAAAUUAACACUGAGGAAACAUUAGUUUUUCUCACUGUUGGGGAGGAGAAGGGACCCGGUUUGUUUCUACUGGCUGGACCCAGUGGACCAGUGGCUGAAUUGGGACCACGUGUGUUGGAGAUGCUGCAAGGGAAGGGAGCUGGAAAAAAUGGGCGUUUUCAAGGCAAAGCCAACAGUCUGUCUCGUAGAGAGGAGGUGGAGGCUUUCCUCCAGCAGCACUGCACACAUCACACCUCAGAGGAAGAAUAAAUAUGAAAUGUCUUCUAUUUAGCAAAUGGAAACCAUAGACUGUAGGGUACUUUUUCCUGUCCUUCUUAAAUAUUCAUGUUUUUUAACAUCCAUUUAGGUGCACACAUCCAGAGAAAUUUUUACCAGUGUAUAUAUUGGUAUGUGGGUACAACAUGCGCUGUACAUAUGUCAAUGUUGAGUUUCAUGUACUGUGGCAAUAAAUUAAAAUUUCACUGGAAAAAUCCUCCAUC